AAAUCAGUCACUUACCUGUCCCUCGGUCCCGUGGUGUGUCCCCCACAGUUCGUUUCACCAGCCGUCCUGUAUUCCAGGAGGCCAGCAUCUUCAGUGUGGUACCCGAAUUUGACAGGUACCCACUCCCACUUCCGGUCCGAUUGCCCAGGCAAUCGGAAGCGGAAGGUGUCCUCCCUCCCUCCCUGUAGUCUUUUAGGACAUGUGACAGGUCCCAGAAGACUACAGGACCAUUCACGAAGCGCAGUGCUACUCGCGUAUGCGCACCAGACCGGAAGUGGGAGCGGGUACCUGUCAAAUUCGGUUACCUGCUCCCCCCCACUCCCCAAAGGUGCCAAUCCUUAAUGGGGAGCGGGGGAGCAGUCCUUAAAGCGGAACUUCCCCUUUUGGGUGGCGCUCCACUUUAA